AUGAGCGUUUUGCGACGAGACGACUCCUGCGAGAAAAAUGCGUCAGAAGUGAGCGCGCAGAAGAUGCUGACGACAAAGACAACCAUCGUUCGAGCGAACGGGGCGUUCAACGACGAGAACAACAAAAGACGCCCAAAACGGGCGAAACCGAAACCGAAACCUUUGCGUCAAGGCGACGUGACCAAAAAAAGAUGCGACCAAUGUCUCGGCCUCGGGAAAGUGCCGUGUUAUAACUGCACCUCGGGAGGCGUCGCAAAGUGCGAUAAGGUUGGAUUCGUCCCCGCGAAGAACACCCUCUUCACGUUUCGGCUUCCGUUCGGUUGGACGCGAGAAGGACGAGAAGACGAGACGACCACCAAAAUGAAAAAGAAAAAAGGAGAAAAGAAAGACAAAACAGAGGCGAAUACUCUCGAGCGGUGCUCGGUGUGCUCGGCGAAUGGAAAACUCGCCUGCGGCAGAUGUAACGGUCAAGGCGUCCUUCUGUACAGAUCCGCGGAUUGGCGGUAA